CCGGCUCCCGAGGCCGGCCUCCUGCGCGGCUGGAGCAGCGGCGGCCGCUGCCGCAGCGGCACCGGCAGGCACCGGAGAAGCGGCGGCAGCCAGACCACCGGCACCGGCACCGGCACCGGCGGCGGCUCCCGAGCCCAGGUGGCCACCGCGGACAGCAGCAGCGGCAGCACCGGCAGCAGCACCGGCGGCGGCACCGGCGGCGGCGGCUGGGGCAUCCCCGCCGCGCUCCCGCAGCAGCGGCAGCCCAGAAAAAACUGCUUAGACAAUCUAAUGGAUGAAGAUGAGAAAGACAGGGCAAAGAGGGCUUCGCGUAACAAGUCUGAGAAGAAGAGGCGUGAUCAGUUCAAUGUUCUCAUCAAAGAGCUCAGCUCCAUGCUUCCAGGCAACACCCGCAAAAUGGACAAAACUACUGUGCUGGAAAAAGUCAUUGGCUUUCUGCAGAAACACAAUGAAGUCUCAGCACAGACGGAGAUUUCUGAAAUUCAGCAGGACUGGAAGCCUUCAUUCCUCAGCAACGAAGAAUUCACCCAGCUGAUGUUGGAGGCAUUAGAUGGCUUCAUCAUCGCAGUAACCACAGGUGGGAGCAUCAUCUAUGUGUCUGACAGCAUUACACCUCUUCUAGGGCAUUUGCCGUGUGAUGUCUUGGAUCAGAAUUUGUUAAAUUUCCUCCCGGAACAAGAACAUUCAGAAAUUUAUAAGAUGUUAUCUUCCUGUAUGCUUAUGACAGAUUCUGCCUCAUCGGAUUACCUAAAAACUGACAAUGAACUGGAGUUUUAUUGUCAUCUUCUGAGAGGAAGUUUGAACCCAAAGGAAUUUCCAACAUAUGAAUACAUAAAAUUUGUAGGAAAUUUUCGGUCUUACAGCAAUGUGCCUAACUCCACCUGUAAUGGCUUCGAUGAUGCUGUCCCAAGGGCUUACCGAACAUCGCCAGGAAAGCAGAUCUGCUUUGUUGCUACUGUUCGUUUGGCAACACCUCAGUUUUUAAAGGAGAUGUGCAUCGUGGAAGAACCUUUAGAGGAAUUCACGUCAAGACACAGUCUGGAAUGGAAAUUUUUAUUCCUGGAUCACAGAGCACCACCGAUUAUAGGAUACUUGCCUUUUGAAGUGCUGGGUACUUCUGGCUAUGACUAUUACCAUAUAGAUGACCUAGAGCUGCUCGCAAGGUGCCAUGAACACCUGAUGCAGUUUGGCAAGGGGAAGUCGUGUUGCUAUCGGUUUCUGACCAAAGGACAGCAGUGGAUCUGGCUCCAGACCCAUUACUAUAUCACGUACCACCAGUGGAACUCCAAGCCAGAGUUCAUUGUGUGCACACACAUGGUGGUAAGUUACGCAGAUGUUCGAGUAGAGCGGAGACAGGAGAUGGGCUUGGAAGAAGUGUCCUCAGAGGUUGUGUCCUCAGCACUAAAGGACAGUAGCUCCAGCUUGGAUCCUGAACAGCACUUUAAUGCACUUGAUAUUGGUGCCUCAAUCCUCAGUGCUAGCCGGACACCCUCGGUAUCAUCCAGGAGCUCACCAAAAUCUUCCCACACACCCAAGUCAGACCCAGCAUCUACGCCAACAAAGCUGACUGCAGAGGCUAGCACCCCCUUGCAAAGGACACCCAGCACGCAGCAGGACUUAUCAGCACACAGACUCAGCCAACCUACCGCUCUGCAGGCUUCUUUGCCUUCUCAGCCUUCAUGUGAGCUUCUUCCACAGCAGUUACUGCCUCAAGCAACUUUGCAAAGUCAGCCUGCACCACUGGCACAGUUCUCAGCACAGUUUAGCAUGUUCCAGACCAUCAAAGACCAGCUAGAGCAGCGAACGCGGAUCCUGCAGGCUAACAUCCGCUGGCAGCAGGAGGAGCUCCAGAAGAUACAGGAGCAGCUCUGCCUGGUCCAGGACUCCAGCGUGCAGAUGUUCCUACAGCAGCCAACGGUGUCCCUGAGCUUUAGCAAUAUUCAGCAGCCAGAGCUGCAGCAGCUACAGCAGAGGCCAGGGGUCGUUUCUCAGCAGCAGCUUGUCCCCAGUCCUCAGCUCCCCGGGCAAAUUGCAUCUCCGCAAACACCAAACCAGCAAGUACUGAGAGAAGCAAGUGUGAUAUCGAGCCAGGGCCCAAAAGCGGUGAGGAGCACAGAGCUGGCACCGGGUGGUGGCCGUCCUCUCCGCACCUCGGCCCCACCGUUCGGCCCCGCCACGGCCCCUGCAGCCCCACCACCCCGCCGUGGCCCCGGCCCCGGCCCCGGCCCCGGCCCACCCGCCGCCGGCUGCAGCCACGACCAGCAGCUCAGACUGUUGCUCAGCCAACCUAUUCAGCCAAUGAUGCCCGCGUCCUGUAAUGCAAGACACCCUUCAGACCUCAGCAUGGCUGGAUCCCAGGCUAAAUACUCUCAAAACCAACAAAUGUUUCAAAGUUUAGAAGUGCAGACUUCCAGCAGUGGCUCUCCAAUCGUUCUGAUGGGACAAGCAGUGUUAAACCAAGGGUUUGCCAUGACACCUCCUUCCCAGCCAUCCUCUCUGCCACCUAUGCAACUCCAGCACCAACAGCAUCAGCAACAACGCUACCUGCAGGUGCAAACACCAAGUUCUUUGCACAAUGAGCAAACCGAUUCUUUGCUCCUGCCACCUUACUCACCACAGCAAGGAAACAUGGGGUAUCAUCAGGCACAGCAGCAGCAGCAGCAACUACCAAGAAGAAGCAAUAGCUUAUCAGAAUCAUCAAACUUACCACAGCCACUGCGAUAGAGUCCCACCAGCACAAUCAAUGCACGAUUAGCUUUAACCAAUGGGCACAUGGGGCAGGAGAGAAUGACUCUGUACUUACUGUUUCGGCUUUCGCACAAGCCUUUCUUUCAGAGCUCUGUGACAGAAGGAUGCCACAGGGCGCAGACUGCCGCACGCAGCGCACUUAGGGCACACAGGAUCCAGUUGGCACUGUCUGGUGAGCGCAGUACGCACUGCGCAGAGCAGAACGAAGAGGAGCACCGUCCUGUGCAAACUCCACCAUCACCGGCUGCACGGGAGGAGGAGUUCGAGCUCGGCGUGCCGCUCAGAAAGCUGUCUGGCAAUUCCAAAAGACUGUUGACAGACACUUGAGGUACUUGGCCUUCACUGUUUCAGUUCUUCUUUUGUGUAUGAAAAGCACUGCGUCAAAGGUCUAUUGAGGAGAGAACAAGAGAUUAUUUUUAUUAUGAUUAUUGUUAUUAUUUUGCACAACUGCACAGAGGACAAAACCUAGGCACUUUCUGUAAAGAGAAGUUUGUUUCCUUAUUCUUGUGGCCAAAUUAGCACAUCCAAUGGAGAAGAAAGCCUGGUCAUUGGUGAAGAUGGUCUACAGCUCAUAACUCUUGAUUUAGAAUCUGAAAAGUAUUAUGCAGCUUAUCCUAACUGUUCUUCACAACUAAAAACAAAAAAACAAAACAAAAAAACAAAAAAACAAAAAAAAAAACACUGGACUGUUUUAUAUAUACAAAUUGUGAUUGCAACGAAGAACUCAACUUGUAAGCACAAUCAUGCAACUCUCCCAUAAUACACGAUGGAUCCUUCUUCAAGCUAAAUAACUCACUCACUGCAAGUCUCUGAGAAAUAUGCACUGUGUUUUGGCCCACUGACUCGGGAUGCUGCAGACUAUUACAUAUCUCUUUCAUUAUAACAUUUAGGAUUGAAUUUUCCUUUGGGGGGAAAAAAAAGAAAUGCACUUUUCGCUUUUUUUGUAUGUUUUCUGUUGAUAUGUUUCUAAGAAAGAUUUUAUGUAAUUAUUAAAUAAAAAGUAGUGUAUUGUACAGCUGUUGUAAUAAUGACCUAUUUCUAUAUAAAAUAAAAUUAUAUGGAAUUAUGUGGAAAUUAUUUUGUAUAUGAAAUAUCAACUCAUUUCACAAGUAUAAAGGUUGUGCUUGUGCUUUUUUGUGAGUGGAUAUUUUGUAAUAAACUAAUGAAUUAGAAAUGUUUCUGUGAAGGGUACUACUGUUUCAUGCUAUAUACGACUCAAACUAUUAUUUUUUUCCAUA